GACGUACGCACGUGCACGCAUGAACCAGCGAAGCACGCGUUCUCUUCUGUGAUUUGUGUUGUGAAAUGAUGGUGAGACGCAGCGGUAGAUACACCGUCAGCUGGCGAGGCUUCAGGGAUUUUUCAGCCAAUAAACCACCAGACGACCAAAAGGAGGAACCAAAACCAGAAGAAGAUUUAUCAAACCAUGACGUGAUAUUUUUAAGAGGCAUUGUUGAGAGCCCUGAUUUUGCGCGGAAAUGUGAGUCGAUCGAUUCUGAGGAGGAUUUGAUUGUGAAGCCUGUAUCCUUGGACAAUGUAAAUAUAAUACGAUCGCUCAGCGAAUAUCGAGGUAACAAUAUUCGAACAAUCGAACAAGCUGAACUAGCUAUAUUAUUAUCUCGUGUUCAUUUUAAGGCUCUGAUUGAUGUACAUGAUCAAGUUGGUAAAAUUUGGUUAGAAAGAGGUUCUGGUAUUGAUGAGAAAAUAGACAUAAAGGAAGGAACUAAGGACACUGCAGAAGCACUUACGCCAAGUCCAGAUCAGAACGGAGACAUGCCAGUUGAAACUGUUAAAGUAGUGGGUCUCCGUAAGGUGCCUGGUCAACCAUUAGGCUUAACUGUUACAACAGAUGAACAUGGACAGUUGAUAGUGGCCAGAAUUUUAGCUGGCAGUGCGGCAGCAAAGCAAGCACUUCUUAAUGUGGGUGAUGUCUUACUGGAGGUGGAUGGGGUGCAAGUGGAUUCUGAGGAACAACUGAAAGAAGCUGUUUCAAAACCCAACGACAGGGUGACCUUGAAAGUGGGACCAAAUUUAAAAGAAAAGAGUGCUCAAUUAACGAAUAAUAAACUUAGUUGUUAUGUUAGGGCGCUAUUUGACUACAGCCCAGUAGAAGAUACACUCAUUCCAUGUAAAGAAAUAGGAUUAGAGUUUAAAAGAGGUGACAUUUUACAAAUAUCAGAUAGAAAAGACCCAAAUUGGUGGCAAGCAAGUCAUGUCGAGAAGCCUGAUGUUGUUGGUUUAAUACCUUCGCCUGAACUAGAAGAGAGAAGAAAGGCAUAUGUACCACCAGAAGCAGAUUUUGUGCAUAAGAUUAGCAUAUGUGGAGCCAGGAUAUCCAGAAAAAAGAAGAAAUUCGUGUACGAGUCCCGUUCAAGUGUCAAACUAGAAGGUGCUGAAUUGGCACUGUAUGAAGAGGUGGCUCGUACUCCUCCUUUUCUACGCCGAGUGUUGGCGUUGGUGGGCACGCGGGGCGUCGGACGGAGAACUCUUAAGAAUAAGAUGAUUCAGGAGUACCCUGAUAGGUUUGGGGCUGUAAUCCCACAUACGUCUCGACCACCUCGGCCUUUGGAAGAGAGUGGGGCCUCGUACUGGUUCGUGUCUCGGGAAGAAAUGGAAAGAGACGCUCAUGCCGGCCGUUUCCUUGAGUAUGGCGAACAUAAUGGUCACUUGUAUGGAACACAUUUGGACUCCAUAAGAGCCGUUAUUAAAGAGGGAAAGAUGUGUAUUCUGGAUUGUGCCCCACAGUCUCUGAAACUGCUUCACAAUAGCAGCGAAUAUCUUCCUUACGUCGUGAUGAUUGGAUCACCCGGAAUAGACCAAUUGAGAAACCUCACGUACGCGUCUAACCGGAAUCUAACAUUCGACCGGCAGAGCUCCAUCCGCUACAGCUCAAGACGCGCGCGCACGCUCGAGUCGCUCGCAUCGCUUUACGAGGAGGAAGACUUAAAGCAAACGCUAGAAGAAAGCGCCCGUAUUCAAAGACAGUACGAGAAAUACAUCGACUUAGAGAUAAUAAACACAAACAAUGAUACCACUUACUCUAAAAUAAUGGAUGCGCUUCACUCUCUAUCCACUGACCACCAAUGGGUGCCUGUCAGCUGGAUUUACUAACAUUUCUCAUUAUACAUAGCAUUUUCAUAAGCAUAAUCGCCUUAAAGUGUUCUAAGAGACUAGGGGCAAUCGCUUUAAGAAUCGGUGAACUUUUUGCUUAAUCCAAAUCUAUGAAUUUUCUUAUUUUCCUUAGAAGAAAAACUUAGCUAAAUUUAAUGAAAAUGUCGCCUCGCAACUUUUAAUACCUCCGUUGCUUUCCUGCAUUUCCGAAAAUUUUCGAAAAUUAAGACUUUGUAAAACCAUAUAUUUUUGUAUGGAAUUGCGCUUUUGAAAAUGCUAUCUUUAUGUUAAGAUUAUACACAUAUAUUAUGUUUAGUAAAUAAAUAUAUACUGAUUUAAAUACAGCACGAUUAAGAGAUUAUGUAAACAUCACAUUUAUUCUGUACUUUUUAAAGUGCAAUAAUAAUUAUACAUCUUCUCAAUAGAAUGCAAACAAUGUUUUACAAUUAGUAUAAGAAGUUUGCAGCUAAGCUAUCAGUAAAAUGUGCAAUGUAUGCCGAAUACCUGAAAAGUUCGAAUAUUUAAGGGCAAUGAAGCAGAUAUCACUAUACAAAUCAUUCCAUUACCCUUGCACUGUCAGUGUUACCAUCGCAUAACUAACGCCAUCUUUAGGAUUUUCUAAGUACUUCCCCUAACUCUGGACUUCUCGCCUUAUUCA